GAUGACUCCAGGAGGCUGGUGGUCACUUCACGCAAGGCCAUGGGCAACUCGCAGGGCAAGACCACGCAGCCAGCAGGAAAGGACAAGCCCGCGACGCCAUUCAAGGCCAAGCCUCUUGUGGCAGCAGCUCUUCCUACCGCUGCACCAGCAGAUCCAAUUGUUGCACCCGCGCCGGUCGACGACAUGGGCACGCAAUGGAAGGUUCACGUCACCAGUGGGGUGCUUCCGCAAAGGUUGAUGUUGUGUGUAGCUGUUUAACGAUUUGGAGAACCGAGAAGAAGCUGCAGCGUUCGGUCUCCAGCGCUUCUUACAAGCCCUGCAUGAUCACAUGCCAGCGACAGCGUCGGACAAGAACGAUCGCAGCUUGGACGACUUCUUGUCCGAUGCCACGACCAAGAUCAACAUCACAGACAUGUACAAAGGUGUGCAUUUUGACGAGACGCUGACCCUCCAAAAUGUGAUCGACUUGAUCGACAGCUACAAGCGCCAUGCCAAGCUCCACAAGGAGUACGUGAUGCAAGUGCUCCGCCAGGCCGCGUCGCUGUUCCAGUCACUCCCGAACCUGCACAUGAUCAACGUCGCACCCGCCAAGCACAUCACCAUCGUCGGGGAUCUGCAUGGCCAACUCGACGACCUGCUCUUGAUCCUGCGAGAGAACGGCCUUCCAUCGCCCGACAACCCGUACGUGUUUAACGGCGACUUUGUUGACCGAGGCAAGUCGUCGAUCGAAGUGUGCGUCGUCCUCUUUUGCUUUGCUGUGUUGUACCCGCACUCGGUGUUUUUAAACCGUGGCAACCAUGAAGACCGCGCCGUCACGCAAAAGUUUGGCUUCUACAAGGAAUGCAUUGAAAAGUACGAUGAAGAAGUAUUCAGCUUGUUUUGCCACUGCUUUCGGUACCUGCCCCUUGGCACGAUUCUCCAAGAUCGCCGCGUCCUGAUCUGGCACGGCGGCGUGCCCCGCCAAGCCGUCAAGCUGCAGGACGUGAUGGACAUUCCCCGCUACGAGUACGAUGGCCUUCGCCACACGAACAAGUACAUGAAAGCAGCAUCGCGCUUGACCAAAUUUGAAAAGAACAUGCAAAUUGUGAGCGACAUCCUGUGGAGCGACCCGCGCGCCCAGCACGGCUUUGACGAAAGCCCCCGCGGCGCCGGCAUCGACUACGGACCGGACAUUGCGAUGCGGUUCAUGCAAGCAAACCGCCUCGCGCUGAUCGUGCGGUCCCACGAGUGCACGCCGCUGGGGUACACGUACCCGUACGGCGAGAAAGCUGGCAUGCUCGUGACGGUGUUUUCCGCCAGCAAUUACUCGAAAGCAAGCAACAUGGGAGCGAUCAUGCACAUCCCGAGCGAUGACAACACCGCGCCGUCGUUUGCGCAAUACCGCGCAUCCGCUUCCGACCACGACUUUAUCGGCGCCAACCUCGACGGGUUGUACAGCGUCAUUUUGGACUCACGGGAUGCGCUCCUCGCGGCCUUUCGCGCGGUCGACGUUCACGGACGCGGCGCCGUGUCGUCCGUCGAGUGGCAAAACAUCAUGGAAGCCACGCUGCACAUGGCGCUGGACUGGGCGACGCUCCAGCCGCUUGUGACGUCGGUUGAGAAGGAUGGAAGUGUGGCAUAUGUGCCGUUCUUGGACCGCUACCAGUCGCAAGCUGCGGUCAAUAGAGGCGAAAAAGCCGCGAUGAACAAGUUGUACCGCCAUCGCGAGCGGCUGGAAAUGCUCUUCCACACGAUCGACAAAGACAGGAACGGUGUGAUUACGAUGGAGGAGUUCCAAGAUGCCCUCGACGUCCUCAACAAGCACUUGCCCAAGGACAUGCUGCCGUUCGAGCACCCCGACCAGCUCAUGUCGGUGCUCGACUUCACCAAGGACAACGCGAUCAACAUCAACGAGUUCCUCGAGAGCUUCCGACUUCAUGCGAACCUGACGACGGCGGCCAAGUGGCGCCGCGCCAAAAACAAACUCAAAGCAAUGCACCACCUCGGCAUGCUCAAGACAGUCGAUGCCCCCGCCGCGUUGUUGCUGCACGUGCCAGAAGACGCCGUCGUUUCAUCGCCCAGAGUGGCCGCCGCCUAAACGCCGCUGCGUGCGAGACCGUGGCCGGCACAACUCUCGGAGUCUCUCGUCUACAGAGCGCUUUGAUAUUUGAACUUCUGCAUGUCUCUUCUAUUGUGUGGCUGCGUAGCCGUCGAGAAUCUGGUCAAGUUCAACGUCGAUGAGGUGACUCAGCCAUCGGAAAAAAUGCUUCUCUUCCCGUGCUGGGAGCGCCUUCA